AUGAGGCCCCGCCUCCCCCCGCCGGCCCUGCGGCUGCUGCUUCCUGUCUUUGUCUCUUUUCUCUUUUCGCAUUUCGCCAGCAGCAUUUCCCCCCCAGUUGGCCUGCAGAGUUUCCGGGGGCCCCCGGGGGGCCCCCCUCUGGGGGCCCCCCAGGGGGCCCCCCUGGGGGCCCCCCAGGGGGCCCCCCUAGGGGCCCCCCUGGGGGCCCCCCCGGGGGCCCCCCAGGGGGCCCCUGGUGCUGGUUUGGACCUUGAGGCUUUCUUAGAAACUGACGAAGGAGAACUUGCUGCACUAAACCCUCCCUUGGCUUUUGCUGAAGUCACCGAGCCCGCGACUGAGAGCCAGAGCCUCCUGCUGCUGCAGCAGCAGCAGCAGCAGCAGCAGCAGCAGCAGCAGCAGCAGCAGCAGCAGCAGCAGGAGGAAGAGUCUGAGGAGCUUCCUGUGUCCUUGCGUCAGCGGCUCUCAGCUGCUUCCGCCCUGCACCCCGACGGGGGGCCCCCCGGGGGCCCCUCCCCCGCAGAAGCCCCCCUGGGGGCCCCCCCAGGGGCCCCGCAGGGAUCCCCCCAGGGGGCCCCCCGGGGGCCCCCCGCGGCGGGGUCCCCCCCUUCGGGGGCCCCCCAGGGGGCCCCCCGGGGUGCCCCCCUAGGGGCCCCCGAGGGGGGGGCCCCCCUGGGGGCCCCCGAGGGGGGGGCCCCCCAGGGGCCCCCCGAGGGGGGGGCCCCCCAGGGGGCCCCCCAGGGGGCCCCCGAGGGGGGGGCCCCCCAGGGGGCCCCCCUGGGGGCCCCCGAGGGGGGGCCCCCCUCGGCGCUGCAGGUGAGCAGCAAAGCGCAGGGCAUUCUGGCUGGGAUCGGGAGCGCUUUGCUGGGAAGUGCAGCAGGAACUUUGAUGGGGGGGGCGCAGCAAGCUUUAUCAGGACCUUUUGCAUUAAAUACUCCUCAGACGAACUUGACAGCAAACUUAGCUGCUGCUGCUCCUGCUGCUGCUGCUGCUCCUGCUGCUGCAGUGCCUGCGGCUGCUGCUGCAGCGCCUGCGGCUGCUGCGGCGCCUGCUGCUGCUGCAGCGCCUGCUGCUGCAGCAACGCAGCUGCUGCCAGCAGGCACUCUUCUUGCUGCUGCUGCUGCUGCUCCCGAAGACAGCAGCCACAACGUCACAGGAAUUGUCAUUGGACUUAUUUUGGGACUUUUCGCUCUUUGCCUCGUCGGCGGCUGCGUCUGGAAAAUGACCCGCAGGAAAAAACGACGCUGA